AAUUAUUCAUGGACUCCCGAUGACAGUGGAAAACACUUGAUCUACUUAAUUAGAUAUUAACAAGGACGCAGACAUCAGUAUACAUAUAUCCCGAUCCGUCCAGCCAUCCUAUCCAGCCUUUCGCAAAUCCCACAUUAUCAUAACCCCACCAAAAGUAAAGUUCGACCUGCGCUAACAUGCAAAUUACCGUACAAAUAGGAUUGUAGAAAAGGAAAAAGAGAAAGGAAGAAAGGAAGAGAAAGCGCCGAGCCAAUCACAAACACCUAAAACUGGAAAGCAAUGACCAAGACAGCGCCAAUAGCCGCGGCGAACGUUGCCGGGAAAAGACCCGACGCAGCGCCCGGGGAGACAAUGAUGGACAUAGGUGGAGCCGGGCCCAGUGGGGGGGUAAGUUGCCGGCGCGGUGGUGGCGGGGAGGGUCGGGUAGACCAAGGUGGCAUCAACGGCGGUGACGACGAGCUGGACGACAGGAAUGGUGGCAGUCUGGACCUUGGUGGUGGUGGUGGUGGAAACGACAUAUCCGGAGGAGGGUCCGGCGGUGAUGGUGGUGACCGGGCAAGGGACGACAGUCGCGAUAGUCUGAACGACGGUGGUGACGGGGACGUUGGCCGGCGGGGGAGGGAGAGUGAUGGUCGGUGGCAGGCAGGAGACGAUGGCGGGGUUCUGAGGAAUGUACGGCUGGCAGAUACCCAAGAAGUAUUCAAGAGACUUGCUUACGUCGGAAUCGUCCUUGCCCCACGACUGGACGCACUCGGAAACCUUGGUGACGAAUUCUGCGUGAGGACAGAAGCAGUUGGCGUCGGCGGUAUCGUCGCAGUCGAUGAUGAAGAUCCAAGUCUUGAGGCAGCGAGGGAGAGUGGGUGGGCACUCGGUUGGUGGAAGAGGGGCUGCGGAGGUGGUGGCGGCUGGUGGUGGGUAAGAGACUGA